CUUAUCAUUACGCCGGUUUCUGCACCUGCUGCGCCUGAAAAUGCGCGCACUCCCGUGAUUCACGCACCUGCUCCACCCGUUUACGCGCCUGCUCCAAUUGCUUUCUCGUCUGUUACUCCGCUUUCUCGCGCUCCUGAACCACCGGCCAAUGCACCUGCUGCUCAAUCGCACGUGAAUCUUGCCCCAUCCUUCACACCUGUUCCGCCGACCUUUUCUCCUGCGUCCUUGUCGACUGCACCUGCCCCAUUGGCCCACAUACCUGUUCUUUCGCCAAAUGCGCCUGCACCAACGGUCGCGUUGAACCCAUCUUCUACUCUACCUGCUGCUGCUACUUGGCAAACACCUCCCAACAACAACGUCCUCACCUUCACCUCGUUUGCGGGCCUGUUGACAACCACGGCUCCUACCUUUUAUCCCUCGGCAUCAACACUUGCUCCCUCACCUCUGUUGUCUUUGAUGAACGCCUCCGAUCCUAUCGCUGUCUUGCCUGUUGCUUCGACAUACUAUUCUGGCGUGACAACAAUUGCGGUCGCACCCACUUCUACCAUGGCAUCGAUAACACAACCAGUCCUAACAACUCCUGUUGAUCGAGCUACUCCACUGGCUCCUUCAGCUACGUCAACCAGCGCACGAGAGCAGGAGACGAGCGCAACAUCUGCAGCACAUGCGUCCUUUCCGCUGUCCUCAUCGUCAUCGACGACCGUCAGCUCGGAUGAGUCGACCAUUUCUGAUCAAAAGACAAAUACAAAGGAAACCACUACGACCUCGACUACAACAGAUGUCACGAUCUCGACAACGACUACGACGCGUGGAGAUACUACGCACACGACGACGUCUAUCGGAUCCGACGGCACCACUACAGUCUUGACCCAGUACCCGACCUCAACCACGAACCGGACUCAUUCCUCUACAAGCACCUCUGGGGCGCAGCCAUUGUGUGCACGGGGUCACUUCCUGUCGAGAUCAAAUACUGAAUCCGUGGUGGAAUACCUUAUCAAUCUCUUGAUUUUGAACCUCAGAUCCUUCAUGACGCUCGCUGCAAUGCUGGGAGCCAUGUUCCUUCCAGCUGCCGUGCUUUUAAUGCGGUAGAUUACUUUAUGGGUUUUUUUCUUUACGAAUAUCGGGAUUUGACCCUGAUGUGGCCGCGUACAACCAGAAAGGCCGUAUAGUGCAAUGUUGCACUGGACAAAUAAAACCAGUAUUUUGUUCAACUGAGUAGAUGACA